CAACCUUAAAUUUUAGCGCGGAAAUAAACGACAACCCUAACAAUUCCCACACUGACUUUGACGAUAGCGAAGUCAUCUGAGAUCGAAGGAUAUUUCUACGCUUUCACCACCUUCAACUCGAAAGAAACGUCAAUCCCGCCCAACAUGACGGAACAACUUAUCCUGAAGGGCACCCUUGAGGGCCACAGCGGCUGGGUCACCAGCUUGGCUACCUCAAUGGAGAACCCAAACAUGCUCCUGUCUGGUAGCAGAGAUAAGACUCUGAUCAUCUGGAACCUGACCCGCGAUGAGAGCUCUUACGGAUACCCCAAGCGCUCCCUCCACGGCCACUCCCACAUCAUCUCCGACUGCGUCAUCUCCUCCGACGGUGCCUACGCUCUCUCUGCCUCGUGGGACAAGACCCUCCGCCUCUGGGAGCUUUCCACCGGCACCACCACCCGUCGCUUCGUCGGACACACCAACGAUGUUCUCUCCGUCUCCUUCUCCGCCGACAACAGGCAGAUCGUUUCCGGCUCGAGAGAUCGCUCGAUCAAGCUCUGGAACACCCUUGGUGACUGCAAGUUCACCAUCACCGAGAAGGGCCACUCCGAGUGGGUUUCCUGCGUCCGCUUCAGCCCCAACCCCCAGAACCCGGUUAUCGUCUCCUCCGGAUGGGACAAGCUCGUCAAGGUUUGGGAGCUCUCUUCCUGCCGCCUCCAGACCGACCACAUCGGUCACACCGGCUACAUCAACACCGUCACCAUCUCCCCUGACGGAUCCCUGUGCGCCUCCGGUGGCAAGGACGGAACCACCAUGCUGUGGGACCUCAACGAGUCCAAGCACCUCUACUCCCUCAACGCCGGCGACGAGAUCCACGCGCUGGUCUUCUCCCCCAACAGGUACUGGCUGUGCGCCGCCACCAGCUCCAGCAUCAUCAUCUUCGACCUCGAGAAGAAGAGCAAGGUCGACGAGCUCAAGCCCGAGUUCGCCGUCGUCGGCAAGAAGAGCCGCGAGCCGGAGUGCGUCUCCCUGGCGUGGAGCGCUGACGGACAGACUCUGUUCGCUGGUUACACCGAUAACCUCAUCCGCGCGUGGGGCGUCAUGUCGAGGGCUUAGAUUAGGGGUUUGCUAAAUGGUUAAAUCUGCUGUCGGGCUGGGGAUUAGGGAACUGCGGGGCUCUUUUGCGAUAUCUGGCUCUUCCUCGGGGCGGGUUGUAUUUCACGGGAUGUUUGCUUUAGGGCAGACGAUCGGUGGAAAAUAGGAACUUUCAAACGUAAAAAUCUAUCCUGCGAUCCCUAGUUGUGCGUGUGAUGGUUUUUUGUGAUUUCGAUGCAUUGCAUGUUAGGGAAUAAUAAAAGUUUUUUAUUCUUCGAAUAUACUCUGCACCGUGACAGAUAUACAUAUACUUCCCAAUAUAAUUAUG